CAUAUGACGUUCAAAUAAACCGAAAUAAACGAACAAAAACUUCACUUUAAAUUUUCCACAGCUAACCGUCCAGUUUAUUGUGUUUGUAAUUCAGUUUGUUGGCUCUGCAGUAAUUUUUGGUGAUAAAUAUUGAUAAAUCGAAAUGGACAGGCAACAGUUUAAUGGACUUGAAAACCAGGAGAACAAUAGAAAUCAACCAAACUCAACUAGCUCGACUUUGACGACCAGCCUGGCGAUAAGAACCCAUCCACAUGCAAUUUCGAAAACCACUUCAUCCGACAGGGUGUAUGCCAUGGCCGAAUACUAUAAGCAGCGAAAGGAGUUACAAUUGAAAAAAAUUAAAGAGGAGGAGGAACGACUCAGACGACACAAGGCGAGACCGAUGCCGAAUUUUAAGGCCAUUCACUCGAAAGCGUUGACGACAGCUAAAGAAUGCGCAGAAACAUGUAUCAGUCCUGAGACUCCGGAAGUUUUGAGAAGAGGUCUUGCCAUGAAGGAGAAGCAACAACAGAAGAUGAAGGAGUAUGAUGCAAAAAUGGCCGAACGACCGCCGAUAGUAGCUCGAUCCACAAAGGUACUAACAGAGGAACCAUUCAAACCGAAACUGGAACCUCAUCCGGAAUUGAAGGUCGUGCCGUUCAAAUUGGGAAUGGAAAAGAGAUUGAUGGAACGGAAGGAGUACGAUGCAAAUUAUCAGCGUCAAUUGGCAGAAAAGAGAGAAAAGGAAGAAGAACGGAAAAGAGAGCAGGAUAAUGUGACCAGACAACAGGUACGACAAGCAACGACGUUUAAGGCGAGACCCAACCCCUUCAAGAAGGCUUCGUGAUUUUUUUCUUUUUAUAAAAUAUAAUAACAAUACAUCGAUUACGUGAAUGGCA